AAUAUCUGAGGUAACUAUCACGAGGCUUGCAAUCAGAUAUUUCCCCAAUACGUCGCCAACAAUAUUCCGCAUGGCCAUGCACCGUUACAAGAAGCAUAUAGUGGAAUCUGUGUUCCUGAUUUUUAUGCGUUCAUCUGGCAGAGUCAAGGCGAUAGAUUUUCAUUAAUAUUCGUUAAUCAACUCGUAAUGCGACACGCAUGGUCACACGCAAUCAUGCUUUCAUGAGUACUGUUUAUAUUCGUAUAUGAUUGCUACGGAGUGAUACACCGACAAGCGACAACUGGACGCCAAUAUGUACAAAGUACUGACACAAUCCUGCGUGUGGAUACCCCUGAAAGAUUCCAACCGCCUCGCUAGCAAGUUAUGGAUCCCUGUGUCGGAAACUGAGAAAGCUAACGAGAAAUUUCCAGCAAUUUUGGAAUACCUGCCGUAUCGUCGUAACGACAGGACGUCACGACGGGAUGAGAAAAGACACCCAUGGAUGUGCUCUCAUGGAUAUGUAGUGAUUCGAGUGGAUAUGCGUGGUUCCGGGGAUUCCGAUGGCCUAUAUUUUGGCGAAUAUGAGCCACAGGAACAGGAUGACUGUCUGGAGGUCAUUGAUUGGAUUAGAAAACAACCUUGGUCCUCAGGAAAUGUUGGUAUGGUUGGCAAAAGUUGGGGUGGUUUUAAUGGACUCCAAGUGGCCGCAAGGAACCCCGAGGGUUUAAAAGCUAUCAUAUCUGUGUACUCGGUUGAUGAUAGAUACGACGACAACUGCCAUUAUAAAGGCGGAUGUUUGGUCCCAGAGCAGAUGCUAUCGUGGUCCUGUGCUAUGCUCACGUGGAACAUGUCCCCCCCUGAUCCGGCGUUUGUUGGAGCAAAAUGGAGAGAUAUGUGGCUGGAACGUUUAGAAAAGGCUGGAGAACCGUGGGUGAACACGUGGUUAUCACAUCAAACUAGAGAUGAGUUCUGGAAACAUGCUUCAGUGUGUGAGGAUUAUUCCAAGAUUAAAUGCGCAGUGUAUCUUAUGGGAGGAUGGUUUGACUGUUACCACAAUGCAGUAUUCCGCAUGGCUGAACAUCUAUCAUGUGAUUGGCGAGCCUUGGUUGGCCCUUGGCCACAUGAGUUCCCAGACGAGGCUAUUCCCUCACCGAACAUCGCUUACUUGCCAGAGAGCUUGAGGUUCUGGGAUUACCAUCUUAAAGGGAUUGAAAACGGUCUUGAUAAAGAACCUAGAUUUCGUUUGUACCUUGGAGAAAGUGUUCCUGUGUCACCAAAGUUGAAAACCUGGCCAGGUCGUUGGGUUGCUGAAGAUAAAUGGCCAUCUAAAAACGUAUCAAUGAAAAGAUUUGAAUUAACAUAUACUGGGAGACUACGUCAAGGCACCGACACUGUUCAGCCAACUGAAAAGUCAGUUCUAAUUCCCAGUUUUUUUGCCUGUGGUUCUGCUGGGGGGACAAUGAUACCUUUCAAUGGACCGGCUCAUCUUGCCCAAAAUCAGGCAUCUGAUGACGGGCUCAGCAGGUGUUGGCAUGGCGAUGUCUUGGUGGACGCAAUAGACAUUCUGGGUGCACCUUCCAUACAACUUGAGAUAAGUUCUGAUCAAAAACUAGCAACGAUUUGUGCACGGCUAGUCGAUGUUUUUCCUGAUGGAAGAGCGACACUUAUUACCAAAGGUGUGCUUAACCUCACUCACCGUUAUGGCCAUACAAUGAAUGACAUAAAACCCCUAAAUCCAGGCGAACGCUACGUCAUUGAAAUGAACUUGGACACGAUAGGGUAUACUGUUCGUCCAGGUCAUCAGCUGCGCUUAGCUUUGUCCCAGUCCUAUUGGCCUUACUGUAUUUGGCCUCCGCCAUCUACACCUAUCCUUCAACUUCACUUCAUAUCCCCACCUGUACUCGCAUUACCUCUGAGACAACGAAGUAAGGAUAUCGACCUCAGGGAUGAGCUAUUCAGCAACCUCGGGCAGCCGAUUGUAAAUACCCAUGCAUUACCAGUGAAAGAAUUAAGAAAACCUUCUUUCCAGAGACAUAUAACUCAUGACGUUCAAACUCAGUCAUACAAGAAAACUUUGAAACUAGACGAUGGGGAAUUUCAGCGGCUCGACAAUAAUAUAAUAUGGGGAGUUUCUGUAAACGAAGAAUAUGACAUCACUGAAAGUGAACCGCUCUCUGCCAGGGUAACUAUAGAAACGAACACGCGAGUGGCACGGAAAGAGUCCGGGACUGGUCAGAAGGAAGAGUUGUUUGCGACAUUCGUCAAUACGAAAAGCUCGUUCCACGCUGACGAAAAUAAUUUUUACACCGAUUGCAUCGCCAAGGCGUGGCUCGGGGAUGAAGUGGUUUUUGAAAAGCAAUGGAAGAAAACAUUCCCACGAUUUCACGUUUAAAUGAUAAAAUGCCAUUGUUAAUAAUAGCUGUAAUAACAUUGAUUGGAAAAGAAUAAAA